GUUUAAAGUCAAUGUUCAGUAUUAGUGCAUAUUUUAUUUUAUUGGGACAUGGUUCUGCAAUGUUGAUACUUUCAUUUGGGGCUCUUCUAUUUUUUGCGGAGCCCAGUGUCUUAGCAUUUGAGGAGCACACCACAAUGAAUAUUGAACGGUUCCAGCCGCCUGGUCCCAAUGAAUCGAUGGUUUUGAACAUGUCUUUUGCCCAAAUUAAGGAGAAACUGCAAAAAUUUAGGGUUUUACCGGACCUCAUAAACGAGCCCCCAAAAUUGUCGAUAAUGGUACAAUGGGUAGAAGGUCACUUUGCUGAACUUGGAAAUUUGAUUCCAGUUGAUGUAGCUGAUUGCCCUCCGUAUUUGAUAGAUUAUAAGAGCAAUAAAACGGAAUGGUUUACCCUUAUCAUGGCAGGUCUCGACGAACCUUCUCGCGAAGAACCAUCUCUGCGGGAAUAUUUGCACUGGCUGAUUGUCAACAUACCGGGAAAUAGAUUUUAUGAUGGAACUGAACUUUAUAAGUACAAAGGUCCAAAUCCUGCUAAAGGCACAGGCAUGCAUCGACACGGAAUUGUUGUUUAUAAGCAACCCAGAGAGCUGAUAUUCGAUGAAAAAUCUAUCAAGUCUCCGUAUUUUGACGAUCCACGAGCAAAUUUUUCAAGCUACCAGUUCGCUGAGAAGUAUCAAUUGGGCGAGCCCGUCGCAGUGAAUUUUUUUCAAACCGAAUGGACGCCUAUACCCACAUUACCGUCCUCCUUUGAUCUCGACAAAGAGGAACAAAGCUAUAUUUAAGUGAGGUGAUCACGUAAUUUACUUUUUCAAUUGUCUAAAAUCAUACCAUUAACAUUAGUCAUUUUAAGAUUGACAUGAACUGAUAAUUUAUUCUUUUAAAUUAACUUUGCAUGUUGCCCUUUUUUAUGUGAGCUAAUAAAAAGACAUUUUUUAGAAUUUAUAUCAAAUAUUAUCAUUGUAGAAUUGUACGUUUAUAAAUACACAUGAAUCCGAUAGAUGCGUG